CAAGUAAACACGCAGCAGGAGGAAUACGUUUGUCCUCUUUUUUCCCUGAUUGGAGUGUCAUUUCAAGUUCUUAGGGCUAAAGCAACAAGGUCUGCCAUUAAAGAGGGCCAGAGAUUGUUUAUUGCCCAUGUUUAUUCCGCGUGCUUUGUGUUUUGUUUCCCCUCUUUUGUGUUGUGCUUUGUAGGCGCUGAAUGGAGAAGUAUUGUCAGCUGAGAGUCCUUGGGGAAGGCUCUUUCGGUCGGGCUGUGUUAGUUCAGCAAAAAAACACUCGGGAAAAAUGUGUAGUCAAGGAAAUCCAGUUGCCAAAGAGUCAGUCCAAAUUGGCCAAUUCAAGGAGAGAAGCCAUCCUGCUGUCCAAAAUGAAGCAUCCUAAUAUUGUUGCCUUUAGGGAGGAAUUUGAAGUGGACGGCCUCCUGUGCAUUGUUAUGGAGUACUGCGGUGGAGGAGAUCUGCUCCAGAGGAUUCGGCAACAGAAAAGCACCCAGUUCUCUGUUGAUCAUAUCCUGAAGUGGUUUGCGCAAAUGUGUGCAGGUACAAAACAUAUCCACGAUAAACGGGUUUUACACAGAGAUUUGAAGUCCAAGAACAUUUUCCUGACGGAUGAUGGUUCACUCAAGCUGGGGGACUUUGGCUCGGCGUGUAUUCUCAACAGCUCAAAUGCUUAUGCCAACACGUAUGUUGGCACACCAUACUACGUGGCCCCGGAAAUCUGGGACAACAAGCCGUACAAUAAUAAGAGUGAUGUGUGGUCGCUGGGCUGCGUCCUCUACGAGCUGUGCACCCUGCGGCACCCGUUCCAGGCUCAAAGCUGGAAGAGCUUGAUCCUGAAGGUGUGUCGGGGGGCGUACCCCCCGCUCCCCAACCACCUGCCCUACGAGCUGCAGUACUUGGUCAAGCAGAUGUUCAAGACCAACCCAAAAGACCGGCCGUCCGUGCACACCAUCUUGACCUCUCACCGGGUUUCUCGACUCCUGCGCUCACAUCUUUCCUCGCAGAACACGGAGGCGGGGGAGGCGGGGAGGCAGUGGAACAAGGACGAGGGGAAGAAGGUGGCUCAUUUUCUGGCUGAGAAGAGUUUAAUAAAAUCAUCCACAUUUGAAGGCAUGGAGUCACCCAGAGCCUGCUGUGAAAGCACAGAGCCCGCUUCUCGAAAACAGUGGGGGACUGAGCCGCCGGACGCCGUGCUGCAGGCCCUGGCCAACGCCAGCCUGGUUUCAUCAGACAGCAUGGCAUCAGCUGGCCGGACAAACACCGGCUCUACCCAUAAAAGUGUCUCGGAGAAGCCGGCGGACGGCAGGUCGAGGAGAGAAUGGGACAGAAAUCCUCCGGAGAGGCUUCUAAAUCUGUUGGAGAAAGCCCAAAUACACGAAGGCUUCAGCACCUUUUUAAUAAAAAGGGGAGAUGAUGACCCUCUGGUGGGACCCCUCUCCCAGCCUCGGGGUGAUGAUACAGACGGCCCAGAGCCGGAAGUGGACACAGACGAGUACAGACUCCAGCCGCGCUCGGAUGACGAGGACACGGACUUUGAGGAAGAAUCUCCAUGCGACUGGAUGGAUGAAGUGGAGAAAAUGUUUUCAGAACACUAAAGCCCCUUUCCCUCUGAGUUUAUACAAUCACCCCACUGCGAUUCUUAAUGUUUACAUUGCUUCUUUUUUUUUUUUUUUACAAAUCUUAAACAAUAUUCCUGAUGCUAUUUUAAGCACUCAUUUUAUAAAACUGAUGACUUUUGAUUGCUGCAACAAACAUUUGCUCUGAAUUUGUUUGAU